AUGGCGGGCUUGGAGGGAGUGCGGGGGAAGGAGGCGAUGGGGAGGAGGGUGGCGCUAGGGGGGGGGAAGGUGAGGAUAGGACGAGGAGCUGAGUGUGAGAUCAGCUUGCAGUGGGACGGGAUGUCUCGCACGCACGCCGUUAUCGAGGGUGUGGGUCAGCCGUCCACCUUCGUCAACAGCGAAGGCGGGAAAAUUUUCACCUCCUUCAGGAUCCGAGACUGCGGGAGCUCCAACGGAGUCUUCGUGAACCAGGUGAAGGUGUCAGAGUGCCUGCUAAGAGACGGGGACGAGAUCGGGUUCGGACGAGGCGCCUCGUUGCAGGAAGGGGAGGCCAUACAUAGCCGUCAUGUCGAGUAUGCGUUCCUGUUCCGGACGUUGAAGCUCCAUGGCACGCCGGGAGGCUCUCGGGAGGGGCCAGCUGAAGCGUCCAAGGACGGGAGGAUGUGCCCUCCCUGCAGAUCCUUCCUCUACCCGCCCACUGCAUGGGCUGAUAAGAAGGACCUCCGGGAGUUUGCCAGGCCACCGCCAGCAGAUUUGGAGCUGGACUGGGUGCAUGGGUACCGGAGCGCAAGGCAGAUCCUAGAGCCUAAGUCAGAGGCGAAGAAGGCAGGGCGAUGCCUCCACCUCAACAACGCCAAGUUCCUCUCCCCCUCCUCCAUCGCCUACCCGGCUUCCCGCUAUGUUGUCAUCUUCGACGUUGUCGAACGAACGCAGCGGUACUUCAAGGAGCACGACAACGACUGCGUCAGCCUCGCUGUUGCCGCCUCCAAGACCGUCGCUGCGUCUGGGCAGCUCGCGAGCUUCGAGGAGAGGAGCCCUCCUAUCUACGUGUGGGACGUGUCCUCCUGCUCCGUACUGACCAAGUUGCGGGGCUUCCACAGGAACGCAGUGACUGCGCUUGCGUUCAGCCCGACGGAGCAGUUCCUGGCCUCGAUAGGAGGAGACGACAUGCACUCUCUGGCGGUGUACGACUGGGAGAAGAAGCAGCUGCUGUUCAGCGGCAACGGCUACGUGGAGGAAGUGUACGCCGUAGCCUUCAGCCCGUUCAAUCUGGACGAGAUCCUUCAGGUCGGGAACAAGCACAUCAAGUUCUGGAGCCUCGAGGCCGAGAAGUCUGUCAUGGCGACGUUCCGACAGGAGAAGAACGCCAAGGAAGGGCAGAAACGGACUGAACCCCAGCUCGUCGCCUGCUGUGCGUACACCGCUGAAGGGAUGGCGAUCUGCGGGCUAGAGGAGGGCCAUAUCGCCAUGUACAGCAGGACCAAGACCGGGAGGAACGAGUGCGUCGACCGCAUCGACAACGCGCACGCAGCUCCUGUGCUUGCUCUGUGCGCGAUGCAGAACGGGAUCAUCUCGUCUGGACGGGACGGCUACGUGAAGGUGUGGGCACCUCCAUCGACGAUCACGGGGAGGAAGGAGGGCGGCAAGUCACGGGAGGGGACAAGGAGGAGCACAAGGGAGACGAUGACGACGAAACUCAAGGUUGACGUGAAGGGAGUCUUCCUCGGGGGGGCGCAGAGCACGACGGUGGUCACCAGCCUCGACUAUCUCAAGGGGAACAUCCUGUGCGGCUCCUCCUCCGGACAGAUCUUCCUCAUCGCCCUCAAGGACGGGUCCAUCCAGCAGCUCGUGUCCACUCACUUCGCAGGCGUGACGGCGGUGGACGUCAGCCCCUACGGGGACUCCUACUACCUGACCGUGUCGGAGGACAAGACGAUCAAGAGGUGGGACGUACAUAGCAGGGAGCUCCAGCUCUCUGUCUACGUCGGCCUGCAGUGCACCAGCGUCUCCAUCCAUCCGUCGGAGUCGCUCUACGCGCUGGGUCACCGUCAUGGCAACUUCACCGUCUGGGACGUGCCGCCGCUGCCGCAGGCCCCUCGCUGCCUCCUCAAGUCUUCACAGAGGAAGGAGGAUGUGACGCAGGUACGCUUCUCCCCGGACGGUCGCUACCUCGCCGUCGCCAGCCGAGAGCAAGUCAUCGACCUUUACAGCGUCGAGAGCGACUUCCGGCACGUGGGGACCUGCCGGGGGCACUCAGGAGCCGUCCAGCACGUGGACUUUUCCGCUGACUCUCGCUGGCUCCGUUCCUCGUGCACUGCUGCGGAGCUUCUCUUCUGGGAAGUUCCAAGCUGCCGCCCCCAGGGACGCUCCUCCCUUCUCCGCGACGUCCCUUGGCACACCCGAACCGUCGUCUUCGACUGGUCCCUGUCCUCCAUCUGGCCUCCUGCUGCCCUCGUCUCCAGCAUCGACUCUGUCAACGUCAGCAACGAUCUUCUGCUCUGCGCGUCCGGCAACGACCGAGGCGAGGUGAAACUGUACCCCUUCCCGGCCAUCGGCGACAUGCAGGAGACGCAGCGCAACUGCAAGAGGCUUCUCCUCCACAGCUCGCACGUCCAUGGCGUCGCCUUCACCAACGAGGACGGCUGGCUCAUCUCCGUCUCCUCCGAUGGGUCGGCGGCUCAGUGGCGCGUGAAGCGGGAGGGGAGCAACAGCGGCAGCAACAGGCGGGCGAUUGUGUCGGAGUGGCACGAGGACGGAGGGAUCAGGCAGCGGGAGAUCUCGCGGCCCCCGAGGAUGGGAACCUUCGCCAACCCGCACAGCCGGCACGUGUGA